GAGUAGGAGUAACGUUAGCAGGCAGCAAAAAGCGAUCAUUUCAAAGUUUUAAAGGUAUUAAAAACACUCCAAAACAGAAAAGCGGCUUUGAUUCUGUGACUGAAGUAACCUUUGUGGUUAUCUGUCGCUCCACCAAGAGUAGCGUUUGCCUGGACUAUCGUUGAGAAAGAUGAGUGGUCAAUCAGACUCCAACAAGGAGUUCAUGGAGCAACUGCGGAUGCAGGAACUCUAUGACCAGAGAAAUGAAGACGGCUCUGACCCCUACACCUACACUGAUCCAGAGGAUGGGACUGUGUAUGACUGGGAUCACGAUAAAAAGGCCUGGUUUCCUAAAGUUUGCUUUGUGUCUUCAGAUAACAGAGGACUUCAUCGCUGCCUAUCAGGCUAACUAUGGCUUCACCAAGGAGGGAGAUCCAGAUGCAAACAUUGCUGCACUGAGCAGUACAGACCCAGCAGUUCCUGCAGCAGAGAGCAAGUUGCCGGAAGAGGAGAAACCAGUAGCUCCAGUAUCAGAGCAGAGUGAGGCGACGGCCAAAGAAGCCAAGCAGAAAGGGGAGAAGAGGAAAGCAGAGGCAGGAUGGUUUGAUAUUGAUGACAAUAAAAACACAAACGUCUAUGUGUCAGGCCUGCCUCCUGACAUCGGCACUGAGGAGUUUGUCGAGUUGAUGUCCAAGUGUGGCAUCGUGAUGCGGGACCCCAUCACAGAGGAGUACAAGGUCAAACUCUACAAGGACAAAGAAGGGAACCUGAAGGGAGAUGGACUUUGCUGCUAUCUUAAGAAGGAGUCGGUUGCAUUGGCGAUGCGUCUGAUUGACGAGUCAGAGGUCCGAGGAUAUAGACUCCAUGUGGAGGCAGCACGAUUUGAGCUGAAAGGCCAGUAUGAUGCCAGCAAGAAGAAAAAGAAAAGCAAAGAUUAUCGGAAGAAGCUGCAGCAGCAACAGAAACAGUUGGACUGGAGGCCAGAGAAGCAAGGAGAACUGAGAAAGAGGCAUGAAAAAGUCGUCAUCAUCAGGAACAUGUUCCAUCCCAGUGACUUUGAGGAAGACCCUCUGGUGCUGAAUGAAUAUCGUGACGAUCUGCGGUCCGAGUGUGAGAAGUUUGGGGAGGUGAAGAAGGUCAUCCUCUUUGAUAGACACCCGGAUGGUGUGGCAUCGGUCGCAUUUAAGGAGCCUGAACAAGCAGAUGCAUGUAUUCAGUCGUUCAACGGUCGCUGGUUUGGAGGGAGGCAGCUGUCGGCUCAGCUUUGGGAUGGAACAACAGACUAUCAGGUGGAAGAGACGACACGUGAGCGAGAGGAGCGACUAAAGGGCUGGUCUAACUUCUUGGAUGGAGGUGACAAAGGACAGCAGAGCAACAACAACACUGCCGCCGCCCCAGCAAAGAGCAGCGCCGCCUCACAGCUCAGCGAGACAUCCAGCACCACAGAGCCCGAGCAGCACCAGGAAACAGAACCACAGUCCUCAUUAAGGCAACAGGAACAAGAUGUGGACUCUACCGAUAGCAGCCUAGCAGGGAGUGAUGAUGAGGAAGCUUAGACACCUACAGGCACAUCUGAGGUCGCCACGGCAACCGAUUAGGACAGUCCUGCUUGAAGGUGAACUUUGACAAGGCUCCCUGUUGACAAAGGUGAAUAUGGACAGUUUGAGCCGUUUUGUGACGUAGAAAAAUAAAACUCUGAUUUUGUCUA